UUAAUUCCCGAUGAUUGGUAACUCGCUUUUGGUGGUGCUGUGCACGUGUCAGGGCUUUGCAAUGGCGUUCAAUGAGAGCUCUCAUUUAUUUUUCGACGAGGUGCGAAGCUUGAGCGAACUCCCCAUGGACAGAUUGAUCCAGAUCAAAUCAUCCUUCGGUGGUGAUGACGCAGUUGUAGAAGACGCUGAUAUAUUCGAUGAAGAGACCGUGUCGUCAAACUUACCAGCUGCUCUUCCUCUUAAAAGACUGGGCCAGAAACCUCUGCGACGAUACGAGCACCAAGACCAUGAAAAAGGACAUGACUCGAAGAUCUCGAAGAUUUUCCAACUUGCGGUGACGACCCUCUCCUUCCUAGCUUUCGGGGGCUACCUAUUAACAUUAAUAAUAACUGCCAUCAGACAGAAUGCCAACAAUGGCAACGGAAACGUCAUUGUCCUCUCGAGCUUGCAGAAGUACAGACCUAAGAGGUCCAUUUUCCUGAAUCCUGCUGAUAAUGACUUCGACACGGACAGAUUGUACCAGGGGAUGGUUAUGCUGUCACGAGGCUACGCAUUGUAUCACAAUAAAUAAGUGUCGGGAAUAUUAUACAAUUUCUAAUAAAUAUUUAUAUCUCCUUUCAGUUACGUUUUUUAAUACGUGGGUCAUCUCUCUCCGAGAUAAGCUCCCGUUUCCUGACCGAAUUUCUCGCCCAUUUCCGGGUUCCUGAAAGCCGACAAUCGUCACGCUUGUCACACGAGGAAAUCACGCCAUAGCAUGCCGAGAAAUGGACAAUGCGGCAGGAGACAAUAUUGUAAUAAAAAAUCUUUCUUAUCACCGCUGUUUGUU